AUGUUCUCGAGACAUUCGUCGAGGCUCCCAGGCCAAAUCGCACGGCAAGCGGCGGUCCGUCACUUCUCCACGGGGGCCGCGCUUCGGCAAGAGAUCCGCGACGCAUAUAUCCUCAGUGCGUCGAGAACGCCAACGGCAAAGUUCAAUGGCUCGUUCACCAAUGUCUCGGCGCCCAAGCUCGGCGCCGUCGCCAUCAAGUCCGCCCUCGAGAAGUCAAAGGUCCCCGUCGAAAAGAUCUCGGACGUGUACAUGGGCAAUGUGCUGCAAGGAUCCGUCGGACAGGCGCCGGCUCGCCAGGCCGUCAUCUUCGCCGGCCUCCCGUCGAGCGUCGAGGCCAUCACCAUCAACAAGGUCUGCGCCUCGGGGCUGAAGGCCGUUGUCUUCGCCGCGCAAAACAUUCAGCUGGGACUGGCCGAUGCGCAAAUCGCCGGCGGCAUGGAGAACAUGACGAGGGUGCCCUAUUACGUGCCUCGCGCGUCCAACCUGCCGCCAUUCGGACACGUCAAGAUGGAGGAUGGUCUGCUCAAGGACGGCCUGACCGACGUCUACGACCAGUUCCAUAUGGGCAACUGCGCCGAGAACACCGCCAAGAAGCACGAUAUUACCCGCGAGAUGCAGGACCAGUACGCCAUUCAGUCCUACGAGCGUGCCCAGGCGGCUUGGAAGGCCAACGCUUUCGCUGAGGAGAUUGCUCCUGUGACCGUCCCCGGAAAGAAGGGCGACACCAUUAUCGAGGCCGACGAGGGUUACCUCGACGUCAAGUUCGACAGGGUUCCCACGCUGAAGCCCGCAUUUGUGCGUGACGGCACGGGUACCGUUACCGCCGCCAACUCUUCCACGCUGAACGACGGUGCAAGCGCGCUGGUCCUGGGUAGCAAGGAGAUUGCGCAACAGUACGGAUCGGGCUCCCGGGUGCUGGCCAAGAUUUGCGGUUCGGCCGACGCUGCUGUCGACCCUGUGGACUUCCCUAUUGCGCCGGCUAAGGCGGUCCCCAUUGCGCUCGAGAGAGCGGGCAUCACCAAGGAUCAGGUUGCUGUCUGGGAGUUCAACGAGGCCUUUGCCGCCGUCAUUAAGGCCAACGAGAAGAUUCUCGGGCUGGAGGGUGCCCGCGUCAACCCCCUCGGGGGAGCCAUCUCCCUCGGCCACGCCCUGGGAAGCUCCGGGUCGAGGAUCCUGGUCACACUGCUGCACCAGCUGAAGCCAGGCGAAUACGGCGUUGCGGCGAUCUGCAACGGUGGUGGCGCGGCCACUGCCGUCGUCGUGCAGCGCGUCGAGUCUGUGUAG